GUAAAGUAUGAACGAAUCAUACAAACUUAUUUUAACAAUUUAUAUAUUACCAAAGUAUUGGUGGUUUAGUAAUGGUGUAAAAAAUUUCAGUUUUUUUUUUUUUUUGUAUUUCAGAUAUAAAUUAAAUUUGAUAAGAAGUGUUGAUUAAUUUUAUGAAAGAUUAUGAACCUAAAAUCAAUUCUUCCAAUGGUGUGGGAAUUUCUAUAACUUUAACAUAGUUAGAAUAACAUUUUUCUUCAUAUCCUUUAAAAAAAAUAUGAUAAUAAAAAGAAAAAGCUCUGUAUAAAUUUAACAAACUAUCCUAAAAAUUUUAAGUUAAAAAUUAUUAGUUUCGUGAAAGAUUAUGGAUUUAAGAUCCAAAAAAAAUAUGAUAAUAAAAAGAAAAAAAGUUUAUAUAAAUUUAACGACCUAUCAAAAAUCUUUAAAUUAAAAAAAAUAUAAUGUCCGAAGUCUUGUUAUGGAAUAUCAUCAGCCUAUACGAAGAUAAAUUACUCAAAAUUUUAAAUGGAACACAAGAAAAAGAAGUUAUCCUGUUUUUGAUGGUAUAAAGUCGAACCAGACCGGUUUCUAAGAUUUAUAAAUGGAACGGUUUAUUACCCAAACCUAUUUAAGUCUUUGUAAUAUUCAGGCGCUCGUCUCUUCGAAAACCUCAUAAACCCUAGCAAUGUCCGGGGCCUUCUUCUACGAUGCAGACAGCGACGACGAGCUCGAGUUCCUCAACCACGAACUAAACAGUAGCGGGGAAGACAAAGCUGAAGAACGUAAAGGUCAAGCAGAAGCUGUAGAAGACGAAGAUGAGAAGCCUAGAGGAGGUAAAAGAAGCACUAACGCACAUUCUCCGUGGGACUUCACAUCUUAUUCAAGCUCCGUCGGGGAAGAACACGCCCGCCGUCACACAACCUCUAUCGAUGAGAAGAUCUCCAAAGCUAUCAAGCAUCGUCCGCUUCCCAUCUCCACAGAGGAAGAAGAUGUCUCCGAUGCCCAACACGGCAAACAAGAGGAGGAGGAGUAUCUCUGGGAAGACGAAGACACAGCUGAGCUCAAAGCAGAAGCCAAGCCGUUUUUCUCAACUGUGGAUGGAGUUUCGUUUCAAGCUGAUUCGUUCAUGAAGCUCAAUCUCCCUCGUCCGUUGAUUCAAGCUUGUAAAACUCUUGGAUACGAGAAACCUACACCUAUUCAGGCAGCGUGUAUCCCUUUAGCAAUGCUGGGGCGUGAUCUUUGUGCCAGUGCCAUCACUGGAUCAGGGAAGACUGCUGCAUUCGCUUUACCUACUCUUGAGAGGUUGAUGUACCGUCCCAAGCGGGUAUCUGCUACUAGAGCUCUUAUUCUCACUCCAACCAGGGAGUUGGCUGUCCAGAUUCACAGUAUGAUUCAGAAGCUUGCACAGUAUACUGAUAUCAAAUGUGGAUUGAUUGUGGGAGGGCUUUCUGUGAGGGAGCAAGAGGUUGUUCUGAGGUCAAUGCCAGAUAUUGUUGUGGCGACUCCUGGACGUAUGAUAGAUCAUUUGCGCAAUUCUAUGUCUGUGGAUUUGGAUGAUCUUUCGGUUUUAAUUCUCGAUGAAGCAGAUCGCCUCCUACAGACUGGGUUUGCCACUGAAAUACAAGAGCUGGUUCGCUUAUCUCCCAAGAGGAGGCAAACAAUGCUCUUCUCAGCGACAAUGACUGACGAGGUUAAAGAGCUGGCCAAACUCUCAUUGAACAAACCGUUGCGUCUCUCAGCGGAUCCAUCAGCUAGAAGGCCUCCAGGCCUGACUGAGGAGGUGGUGAGAAUACGCAGGACGCGUGAGGCAAAUCAGGAAGCCGUUCUUCUUUCAUUAUGCACAAGAACUUUUAAAUCAAAAGUCAUCAUCUUUAGUGGAACAAAACAGGCUGCACAUAGACUGAAAAUUUUAUUCGGACUCGCUGGCCUCAAAGCAGCUGAGCUUCACGGAAACCUAACUCAAGCACAACGUCUUGAUUCUUUGGAACAUUUCAGAAAGCAAGAGGUUGAUUUUCUCAUUGCUACUGAUGUGGCUGCUCGAGGGCUUGACAUUAUUGGUGUCCAAACAGUUAUAAAUUAUGCAUGUCCUCGGGAAAUAGACAGUUAUGUACACAGAGUUGGUAGAACAGCUAGGGCUGGGAGGAAAGGUUAUGCAGUAACGUUUGUGACUGACAAUGACCGAUCACUUUUGAAAGUCAUUGCAAAGAAGGUGGGUUCAAAGUUAAAGAGCAGAAUCAUUCCAGAGCAGUCAAUAGUCAAGUGGUCUCAGAUAAUCGAUGAAAUGGAAGAUCAAUACUCGGCUGUUAUUCGAGAAGAGAGGGAAGAGAGAGCUCUAAGGAAAGCCGAAAUGGAAUUUGCAAAGGCGGAGAACAUGAUUGAGCAUAGAGAUGAAAUAUAUGCACGGCCAAAAAGGACUUGGUUCAUGACAGAGAAGGAGAAGAAGCUCGUGGCCAAAGCUGAGAAGGAUUCUGCACGGAACCCUUCUGGAAAGGAACUAAUUAGUGCUGAUAUAGCGGAGGACCUCAAGAUGAAGGAGAAGAGAAAACUCGAACGCGAGAAGAAUCUCCCGAGGAAAAAACGUAGAAAGCUUGAAGCUGCCAGAGAGAUGCUAGAGGAUAACGAAGGAGAAGAAGAUGGUGAAGACCAAAAACGAGGAAGAACAAGAGGGAUGGAAAAGAAGAAGAAGCAAGAACCGGAUAAGAAAGGACUGACACUAGUGAAUCUUGGCUACAGGCGAGCAAAGGCGGUAAAGGCAAAACAGAGAGCAAUUGAUUCCGGUAAGAUGGAGAGACCAACUCCAAACAAGAAACAAAACCUAAACCGGAGUAAACCAAGAACAACACUGCCUCGAAAUGAAGAGAUGAAAGAUCUGUUCAAGAGCGAUAUGAGCGAGAAGAAAGAAGGCAGAGGCGGCGCCGCAGCUGCAGCAAAACCUAAGGGGAAGUCGAAGAACUCUUUCAAGAGCAAAGGCCGGUUAGUAAACCUUACUCUUAAUAGCCAAAUCUUAGAUUCAUAAUCAUGAAAAUUUUGAAGGUAAAUAUUAAGAUGAGUUUUUUUUUUACAUUUUUUCUCGCGUGCAGAUAUAAACGUAGGUAAGAAGAAAACUUCGUUUUGAAAGAUGUCAAAGGAUAAAAGAGUUAACACAAUUUUAUUAUUUACUGUAAUAUCAUAGAGAAUGGGACGUUAAAGAUUUUUAAUAUCAUAGAGAAUGGGACGUUAAAGAUUUUGUUCUUACUAUGGUUUUAUAAUCUUAUGAUACAACUUGCCAAAAGGUCACGGUAGUGGCGAUCGUUAUUCAUUGUUGUUGCCCAUGUCUAGCAAAAUCCUACCAGCACUUCAACACCAUUAAGGGUUUUAAAUUGAACCAUGUGUAGCAUGCAUGUGGUGAUUUUUUGAACAUGCAUGUCUCUGUAUGACACAUUGACACGCUCCAAAGAUUCCACAACCUCAAUCUUACGGUUUAGCUUUAAUGUAUAAAUAAACAAUAUUCAGGAUACAGUACUUCACAAUAGUGGACACGAUAUCCUAACGAUGUGAAAAACCCGAUCCAAAAUUCGAAAUGAAUUAACAAAAUAUCCGAAUAGAUAUUGAAUUAGGAGAACACGAAUAUAUAUCCGAAGAUAACCGAACAUAGGUAUACUUAAUCGUAUAUUUCUAAUUUACUUCUAUCAUUUUAUUAAAAAUAUUUAUAUUGAUGUUACAUAUAACUAAGAACAAAAAUAUAUACUAUUCAGUUAAAAUAUAUUUCAUUCGUUCCUUAAAAAAAAUUAUAUCCAAAAUUUCAAAACAACAUCCAAAUUAGUGUUUUUCUGUUUUUAAAAUUUUAUCUGUAAACCUAUUAAUUGUUCGCUCUAUUAAAAAUUAGAAGAUCAGUUAAGUUAAAGGUAUAUUUUUAAAUACAAGAAACUUGAGCAAUGUAAAAUUUAAUUUUCUUCUUCAAAAUCUAAACAUCCAAACCGACUUGAAAUAAUCGAACCCCGACUAAAAAUACCGGAACUCGAUCCGAACUGUAAAAAUAUCUGAACAGGUUCUUUAUCCAUAUAUCAAAAUCCCGAAAAUCCGAAAUAACCGAUCCGAACGGUAUCAAAACGUCCACCCAUAUUUUACAAGAAACCCAAUGAGAGGAAAAAAUAGCAAAUGCAAGUACACACCAGUGUUGUCUUUGCUAAGGAGACAUACUAGAAUUUCUAUAACUAUCCCUGGAUCUGAAAUCUUGCAGGCGACAUUAAACUUCAAGGUAAACCUGAAAAAGAAAAAGAGUAAUUAACAAUACCUAUUCUUAACAUUUAUACCCAAAAAAGUAACAAGAGUCUAUAGCAUUUUAUGUAAACACACCAGUGCUGCAUUCGCUUUACCUACUCUUGAGAGGUUGCUGCUCCGUCCCAAGCGGGUCUUUGCUACUAGAGUUCUUAUUCUCACUCCAACCAGGGAGUUGGCUGUCCAGUAAGCCGGCAACGAUAGCAAACCUUUACCAUCUUUUGAUUCUUGUUUCCUGAAAAGCUGAUUUGUAUUUUUGGAAUGUGUUAACAGGAUUCACAGUAUGAUUCAGAAGCUUGCACAGUAUACUGAUAUCAAAUGUGGAUUGAUUGUAGGAGGGCUUUCUGUGAGGGUAUGGAUCUUAUCUGUUUCUAAUGUUUGAAAUUCAUAGAUCUCAGUUUACAUUAUUUGAUGUUUGAGAGCAAGUUUAAUUCCUCUCUUAGAAACGUCUCUUACAAUGGAAUGGUAGCAAGCUUUGCUAAAUCUUUCAUGUUUCUUGUGUUAGGAGCAAGAGGUUAUUCUGAGGUCAAUGCCAGAUAUUGUUGUGGCCACUCCUGGACGUAUGAUAGAUCAUUUGCACAAUUCUAUGUCUGUUAGUUUGGAUGAUCUUUUGGUUUUAAUUCUCGAUGAAGCAGAUCGCCUUCUACAGACUGGGUUUGCCACUGAAAUACAAGAGCUGGUAUCUAUCCUUUUUUCAUUACAUUCUGAUGCUUGUUGAUAUGUUUGGUUCCCGUGUACAUAUAAUGAUACUGAGCUCUAGUGAAUUCGUCUCGCCUUUGCUAGUUUCUAGUCCACAGAAUUGAGCAUUAAAUUAAUUUAUCUUUGCUGGAGAAGUUUAUGUUAGGCUUUUCAUUGCAGGUUCGCUUAUGUCCCAAGAGGAGGCAAACAAUGCUCUUCUCAGCGACAAUGACUGAAGAGGUUAAAGAGCUUGUCAGACUCUCCUUGAACAAACCGUUGCGUCUCUCAGCAGAUCCAUCAGCUAGAAGGCCUCCAGGCCUGACUGAGGAGUAUGUCAGCUUCUACUUUAUCAUUUCCAGCCACCUUAAUAGCUAGAUUAUAGUUUUGAGUAUAUAUCUGAGCUUCUAAGGUGAAUAGAAAAAAAAAAGUUUUUAAAAAAGCAUGAGUUAUUUUUGUGUUUGACUUGAAAUUUUAGGUCAUAUUUGAAAAAACCUUUUAAUCUAUUGGCCAGUAUUUUUGUCUAAUUAUCUCGUUAGCUGUUUAUACCUAAAUACAUAUAUUUUGAAAAUGAUAAGUAUUACGUAAUUUAUAACUAUAUACCUAUUAAGAAGUUUCUCAAUAAACCAAAAAAGUAUCAAGUCUAAUUGACAUAUUGUGGGAUUAUUACUGUGAGUUAAUUAUUAAUUGAGAAAUUCCAUAUGAUAUCUAUUUUUAAGUUUUUGUCACAAAAAUAGCACUCAAUGAAGAAAAUGACCAAAAUCAGUUUUAUUAAUGGGUAAAAAUACAUUUUUACUCUAUGGUUAACUAUUC